AGAGGAUGAGACCUGCCUGGCGACCGCUGAGGAGGAAGAAGCGCGAGCUUCAGUUUCGGCUAAUAUCUGCUUCCUCUGGUCCUGUUCAAAUCAUUUUGGAGGUAUGGGUGCGCUGCAGUCCUCACCUGGUCAAUACGUUGAUCUGGCGGAAAAGACAGGAUUCUCAUUUCAACAGAUCAGUGUCUUACAUAAACGAUUCAAGCAGCUGAGCCAUAAUGAAGAAACUAUGAAGAGAGAUGACUUCAAUAGAAUCCCAGACCUGGAGUGCAAUCCCAUCCGUUCACAGAUCGUGGAGGCCUUCUUUGACAGAAGAAACUUUCGUCAGAAUGGUGAAGGGACGGUCGAGGAGAUCGGCUUCGAGGAGUUCCUGUUGGUUAUGUCCCACUUCAGGCCUCCGUCUCUGCACAUGACAGAGGAACAGCGUGAAAGUGUCAGGAAGGAGAAACUGAGAUUUUUAUUCAACAUGCAUGACAGCGACAAUGACGGGACAAUAACUCUCCAGGAAUACAGACACGUGGUGGACGAGCUGUUAUCUCUCAGCGAGACAUUGGAGAAGAACACAGCCAAAAGCAUUGCUGAUGCAGCCAUGUUGGAGGUGGCCAGUAUCUCAAUGGGUCACAUGGAACCUGAUGAAUUCUAUGAGGGAAUUACAUUUGAGCAUUUCCUUAAGUUGCUGAAGGGGUUUGAGAUUGAAACAAAAAUGAACAUUCGCUUUUUGAAAAUGGACACAACAACCUUGUGUAAGUGAGGCUGGUGCACCAAACAAUGCAGUGACUUUUGGGAAACUCUGAAGACCCAUAUUUAUGGUUUCACUAUCUGCUGUUUCCAGUUUGCCGCUUGCACUGAAUAAUAUGCCUUACUCAUGUUUGAAUAACUAUGCAAAAUCAAUGAAAAUAUGUAUGCUGAAGAUGUAGAGGUAGUUUAUUUCAUUGUAAGCAAUAAUAUGAGAUAAUCACUCAAAUAACAAUGAGCCUGUUAGUAGCUGGACUAAGCAAUAAUUAAAUAUUCAUGUCUGGAGUAGCAGACAGUACGACUCUAUGCAUGUAAACACUGAUGCUUGAAGAACCUUUAAAAAUGUUAAUGCCAUAAAUCAAUAACUCUUAAUAAUCAGGGAUAUAAAGGUUUAGCUUUAGAUAUAUCUAUGUGUCUAAUAAUACCAAUACAAUCCUUUUUUAUUCAUAUAACUAUAUGACACUAGGUGCAUGCUCUGCACUCCACAUUUGCACAAUAAAAACCCCAUAAAAGAUCUGACUUCAGUUCAUUAUACAUUUCUGAUAAAAAGGAAACGGGAGUGCUGGCAUGCAAGAUUUAAAUGCUUAAAGGCAGUAUCUGUUUCAUCCUUAUUUAAGAUGCUUGAUGGUGAAAAUUUUGUCUAACUACCUUAAAAACAGCACUCUCUGUAUUUCAACUUGUAAUAUAUGUCAACGAAAGCAUUUGCAGCUUCAUCAUGUCAGAAGUUUGGUUUAUGUUUAUGUCUCGAGACGCUUAUUGAGUCUUUGUGUUAUAUGUUGGAUGUAUACUAAAACAUUUUUUAAGUUUUCCUGUCAUUCAUUUCCAAGUGACAGACUGUCUAGAAAGUCCAAAGAUACUUAUCAGCACUUCAGAUGUACUUCAUACUUCAGUGUAUUCAGUCUUAGGUGUGUACUGCCCUCCACAGGUCAAAACAUGUAAAGCAUGUUAAAUGAUAAUGAGCCAUCACCUUUUUUUGUUGUUGUAGGUACUUCAGGAACUAAGAAAUGCAUAAUGCAGUGCUUUUCAACAUGGUGGAAAAUCAUUGUAUUAUUUAGGCUUUUACACUGUUAAGCUGUCCAUAUUUCGCAAUAAAAUAGGACAUAUGUAAUGAAA